GACACUGCGUCUCACGUUCCCUCGUUUUCCAUUAGAAAACUCAUGGAUCCGGUCACAGAAUGCGGGAUUCCUGACGGGUGUGGCUUUGAAGGUCCUCGGUCGUGACAAUGAUGAUGAUAAUGACCCGUCUCUUCGCGCAAUCUCCAGCUCAAUGGCUGGCCAAUUACCGGCUGGGCAGGUUCAGCUCCUGCACUAUUGAAUGUGGCGGCCGACGUGAGAGGAUGAAGGACCAAGGUCCUGCGAGGGUGGAUCCCCUCCCUCAGCCGCAUCACCCCCGAUUGAGGUAAGUACUGCGGUAAGUCUGCAAAAGCGCCUUGUCCCCCGGAAGCGCGGCGGAUUUCUCUUUCGCCCUUUCCUUUCCCAGCUUCCUCUUCCUCCUCUGCUCCAACCAGCGCUCAACACCGACUCUCAACUGGACGGUUCUGCAGCCACGCGUGUUGCCCGCUGCCGCCAUGAAGUCGAACCUGCACCAGCUGUUGGCCUUUGGGCUCGUCGUCGGUUCCGAGGCCACAUUCCUGAGCUGGGCGCGCGACGAGGUCCAAUGGUUCCCGGCCAGGGAGACCGGCUCCGUCGAGCACUCUGACUCGGGCUAUGACCCACUCCCGACGUCGCCCGCAAAGCAGGCCCGUGAUCACGGCCUGGCCCGGGGGCAAGCCAACGGCCUAGCUAAGCGGGCCGACGACGUCUGCGGCUACGUCUCUGCCGACCCGACCUGGACGUUUGGGUGCAACAAUGCGAUCUGCUUCGAGGCGGUGAAUACCGUCAGCGGCUAUUCCAUGGUUGACUGCUGCGCCAGUGGUGACGACCUCGACAGCUGCACAGCCGCGACGACAUGCCUCGAUAUGACUGACUCGACCCUGGCCGGCAGCACCUCGCUGGCGCGGACCUGGCAGUGCACCGAUUCCGAGUACCCCUACUGCGUGACCUACUAUUACGGCCCAGGGUCGUUGAGCGGCUACACGUGGCUGAACUGCGGCAAAGCCAGGGCCACAAGGACAGUCUUCCAGGCUGCGGUCUCGGACACCAGCACAACCAGCAGAAUCACUACAGACUCAUCAACAAUCACCUCUUUUUCCUCGUCCUCUUCCUCGUCUUCGUCCUCGUCAUCAUCAUCCAGCAGCACCACAACCAGCAAGACAGGCGGCUCCGGCACCCCCGUCGGCGCCAUCGUCGGUGGCGUCGUGGGCGGCGUAGGCGGCCUCGCCCUCAUCGCCGGCCUCAUCGCCUUCAUCGUCAUCUACAAGAAGAGGCAGGACAGGAACAACAACAUCGGUCAGCCCCCGCCGAACGGCCCCGCGCCGCAGAUGGCCGCCGCGAUGCCCCCCCAGCCGCCCCAGGGCGGCCCCGACGGCGCCCCCCCGCAGCAGAUGAUGUACGCCCCCAGUGGCGGCCCGACACCCCCGCCCUUCGACCCGCGCGCCAGCAUGGCCAAGCCGCCGUACUACGGCGCCUACGCCGUCACCCCCGACCAGCAGCAGCAACAGCAGGCCGGGUAUCAGGAUCCGCAGCAGCAGCAGCAGCAGCAGUACCAGGCGUACCAGCCACAAGGGCAGCCGCAGCAGCAGCAGCAAUAUCAGCAGUAUGCGCCGCCCCAAGGUGGCCAUUACUCCGAGUUGCCUGCCACGAGGGGCGAUGGCGAAGUGCGCGAGUUGGCGUGAGGGGGUGGAGAUUGUUAGGGGGUUUGUGAAGUUGUGGAGCUUAGCCUGUUAAUUCUACACAUAGAUACUUUCGUGGAUAUAUUCUGGAUAUCUCGUUUUAAAGUCUUAAUUCAAGGGUUGGCCGCAGAAGCAAUAAAUCAACUUUAACUCUUCCAAUGGAGAUGAUGGAACCAACAGCGCCUAUCGUAACUCGACUCUCUUGGACGCGUCGCCACUCUUUUCCCCCCUCUCUCGCUCUCUCUUGGUGUCGCAUUCGUCAUCCUCGACGCAAUCCCAG